AGGUCAUCGGUCGAUGCCGCCAAAAACAAGUCAUCCGAGUCAUACGGAGUCGGAUAACUUUGAUUUCAGAUUUGAACUGGGAGGUCAUCGGUCGAUGCCGCCAAAAACAAGUCAGAGUAAAGUUUAAAGCGCGAAUACAAGAGAGCGAGGGAAAGCGAGGAAGUUUUUGAAUGGUUCAACGGAAGAUCAGUUCGUUCUUCAAGCGCUCCUCCGCUCAAGUCGACGAUGGCGACGGUCGAUUGGCCAUCGUGGAUGAGACAGAGCACGCCAUCGACGAGACCUGUGAGUGCAGAGCUCCGGAGUCAAAUGGUACAAUUGAAAUCGAUGAUGGGGAGCUUGGAAAUCGGGAUUUGGAGGAGCAAGCAGUUAACAAGAAGAGGAAGAGGAGCUACGCUCAGGUCCACUUGGAGCUGGGCCAGUCCGAUUUUCUUCUCCGAGGUUGUUCUAUUUGCGGAAUCAAGUAUACUCCCGGCAAUGCGCUGGACGAGAAGUCUCAUGCGAGGUUCCACAAGAAUUACACCCACGGAGUUCCGUUCAAGGGUUGGUGUGAAGAGAGGCUUGUCGGUAUGCCUUUGGUCGAAGGUGGGCGUGUCAUUGUGGUGUUAGACAGUGAUCCUCGUCCGAGAAGGAACAAGGUCCAGGAGGUUGUACAGAUGAUGGAGAAUGAGCUCGGGAGCGGAUGGAUAUACCACAAGCUGUGUAAGGUCUAUCUCUUCAUAGAGUCACAGAGGAUAGCUGGAUGUUUAGUUGCGGAACCCAUAAAAGAAGCAUUUAAGGUCAUCUCUCGUGCUGUGAAAGGAAAACCCGACAGCGGUAUCAUAAAGACUGUAAGAAAAGGAGCAGCUACUCUCCAGUUCGGAAAUGCAAUUUUUCAGAGAGAAGCAGUAAGAAGAUCGCCCCCUGUUGCCAAGAAUAAGGUGUUGGAUGAGAACCUAAUGGGAGCAAUCUACUGCGAAGAUGCAGCUGUACCAGCUGUCUGUGGCAUCAGAGCCAUCUGGGUCACCCCUUCCAACCGAAGAAAGCGCGUUGCGACGCAUUUAGUUGAUGCUGCUAGGAGAAGUUUCUGCGAGGGCUACGAGCUUGAGCAUUCUCAGUUGGCAUUCUCUGAGCCUACUUCAGCUGGGCGGGCUCUGGCGUCUUCUUAUCUGGGAUCCAGGCCUCUUCUCGUAUACAGAGCUCUAUGAUCGACCACUGCUAUUCGUCUGAGUGUAACCAUCAAUAUCAGGGAAGAAAGCAAUGGCAUAAAUAUUGACAAAGAAAGUGAUGGGAAAAAAAAAGAUUAUGAAAAAGAUGAGAUGGUGACGAAAAAAGAAGAAGAUGAGAUGGAUACAAAUGCAACCAACGCGGUUAGGUUAGAGGCUCGUUGUACAUCGCAAAGCCCGAUCAGGGUCGUCGGAGCCCGAAAGCGGCCAAGAGGGAGGGGCGUGGGUUACAAGUAUUUAUUUCCAAUAUUUUGUCCCUUAUUUUUCUUUUUUCUUUUUCAAUGUCAUUCAUAAAAAUAAUAAGAAAAGGCAUAAAGGUCCAAAAUGGUAAAUAGUUUGGGCAAGAGUCUAAAUUGGUAAGUAGCUUCAAAAGGAGGUCCAUUUUCGUUAUUAACUGAGCGGAUUGGUUGAAAUACUCUAUUUAUUUACAGUAGUAAAAAAAAUUAGCGUCGAGUCGAGUCGAGUCGAUUAUUAAAAGCAUAACAUUAGAAACGGCAGAGUGAGCUGUCGUUUUGAACUUUUUCCUAAAGCUUGGGACAAGAAAGGAGAAGGCCGAAACGUGUCGUUUUAGGCCAUAAAAUAAAACUUGGUCCCCAAGUCUCAUCAAACCCGCGCCAAGGCGAAAUCAGUAUCUCUGCUUCUUUUUCUUUCCCCAUUUUUUAAAUUUAAAUUUCUAAAACUGAUUUUUAAAAUAUUAAAUAUGAAUUAAUUACCAAGAAGAAACCACAGGAUCAGUUUAAUCCCCCAUUUAAAUUCCAUAAAUAUCCUCACCGCCUUACUAUAAUAUUAAUAACUUCGUCAAACCUUAAACCCUGCCAUCCAUCCAUCCAUAUAUGUGUCUGUUCCUCGCCCAAUCCCAUCUCUGCCUUCCCCUCUCUCCCCCUCUCUCUCGUUCUCUCCUCUGUUAGUGAAGCAAUCGCAGGAUGAUUGGGGACGGCCCCGCCGGCAUCUCCCUGCCGGUUAUCCUCCAUGACGGCGAGAAGGAAAUCAGCAUCGGCUACGCCGCGGUCCGCCCCACCAUGAAAUUUAACGAGCUGCAAUCGGGCAUCAGCCAGCGCGUCGGCCUCUCCCCUCACCAAAUCUCAAUCUACUUGGCGGAGCGGAGGCUCUACAGGUCCUGGCCGCGGAAGGUUGCGAUUAACGCCAAGUUCAAUUUCGCGACGAUCACCGGCGGCAAAGACCUGUACUUCCUUGUCUUCCUGAAGAGAUCGAGAGCCCGGGAGAAGAUUCAGAGCUUCGCGAAGCAACGCCCGCCGGAGAACGUGAUGCUCCUGAGGAGAGACACCGCGAUGGGCGAUCAGAUGUACGGCGGCGGGUACGGUGUGCCGGUCGUGGAUGCCUACGAGUACGAUCGGCGGGUGAGGGAAUUGGCUGCAGAAAGAGAGAGGUACCUGAUGAUGACGAUGACGAAUAGCAACAAUAACAAUAACGCCCCGUUAAUGAAGGGCGUCGAAGAAGUGUUCUGCGAGGGGUGCGAGAAGGCGAAGGAAACUGUGUCGGAGCCGGAGCCGGACUUCCACUGGUGCCGGAACGACGCGGUGAUCGCCGGGUUCAGGUCCCGGGCGGGUCCGGUCUCCCGACCCGGAAAGAAGAACUGAAGCUGGACGCGGAGGGUGCUUCUGAUUUUUGCCUUUUUCUUCUGAAUAGAGCUUAGCUGGUGGUGGCGCUAGGGGUUGGGUCGAGGCGGCAGACAUAAUAACAUGUGGUCGGGUCCACGGUGAGUAAUCUACACCUGCCCUAACAAUGUGACGCGUAUUCUACUUCUUCUUCUUCUUCUUCUUCUGUGGAUAGGAUGGGAUGGGAUGGGAUGGCGGGCAGCUGCCAAUCAAAAUAGGAAAUAGGGAUUUUUACACGGUGAAUAUUAUGAAUAUAUUAUUGCAAACAUUUGGAUUGGGAGGCAUACAUAUUUAUUUGGGACGGGUCGAAUUAGGGAACAAAUAGGAAAUGGUUGUCGUCCGAUGGGGUCGGUUGGGGUCUAAUCUAAACUAAAGAGGCCCUUUUUUUUUUUUUAUUUCGUGUGUGGGGUUAAAUUGAUGGAGUAGUAGUUGUUUUGUUGAGGGAAUCCGAAAGGAAUGAUUUUUGCGUGUAUCAACGGUCACUUGGUACCAAUUCGUGCCGAGAUCUCGUUUGGGAAUGUGAUUGGAGGUUAAUCGUGUUGCUGUGUUGCAAUGGGGAUGUGAAAUGAACAAUCUCCUGCGUCC